CGUGCUUGCCAAUCGACGGCCGAUCGUGUACCGCGAUUAAGCCACCAAAACCGGCUAACCGCGCGCGAAUUUCGUUUUUCCGUAGAACCCGUGAUCGAGCGAUAGCGAUCGGGUCCGCGAAAACUCGCCUCCUCGUGACCGCGCUAAAACGGUGAUAAAUAAAGGGAGAAAUCCCCGUUCGAAGCGGGUAUCUGUGCAUCGUUCGCGUUUGAUCGAACGGGACAGGCUGACCGGCCAGUUAGGGGCUGGCAUGCAACCGCGUGCACACCGCUGCUGACCCGGUGAGGAGGUCGUAGAGGACGCCGGGUGGUGAGUGCUGAUUGCAUUGCGGUAACACGGACGGCGAUAAGCGCGUGCCAGCCGAGUAAUAAGUGAAAUGAUAGCGGCGUUAACGGCCGCCUGAUACACGAGGCGCGGACAACAUUCGAGGCAGGUGCCUGGCCACGGUACGACGGCAACGAUGAGAGCGGUCGAAUCCGAUGCCGCACGACCACGCACCCCUGACAGAAGCGCGCGUAUCGUACGACCGAUUGCUAAAUAAGACGACCGGCUAGAACCAAACAGUGUCGACUGCACUGAUCGACAUGAGAGCACCGUGUAACUCGACCGCUCGUUAACGCGACCCCCUGACCGAUCCAAGUGGCAGAGUCGAGACGCAAGCCGGGCAACAACAUGGCAUGUCCUUUUUCACGGGAACGCUUGAAAGCGAGCUGCGACGAGCAGAGGGAACGAGAGGACGAUGGUCCGCGGAGGAUCGCGCGACUAGGACGAGACGACGGCGGAAAAUCUAGACAAUCCUCGUUCGAAGUGACGUCGUUGUUGAUGCGAGAGGAGACGGACGACACCGAGGACACGCAGACGUUGAACCUGAAACACCUGAGGGCCGCGGUUCUGGUCUUAACCAAUCCAUCGAACGAGGUGGUUGCCGUGGCUCUGGGGGCCCUUUUGAGCAAAGGCGAGGAGCCACUUUCAACCUCGAGGUCUCUCGAGAAACUGCUGUACAACGUGGAUGCCGAAGAGAACUACAACUUACUGGAGGACAUUUACGAGACGCUGAGCUAUGAUUGCGACGUAGACGUGAGCACGUUUUUCGAUCAUCUCGGUCAGGAGCUGAUCUACACAGCUUGUGUGGGUCUUCUUGAACGAGCGUUCCGCUGUCUCGGGAACGAUCUGACAGCCUUUCUGACAACUCUGGACGGCGUGAACGACGUUGUACAACAUCAGUCCGGAUCAGAAGCGGAGGCAGAAUUCGUAUGCAUCGCCACGCCGGAAGCGAUAGAGCUGCAUUUCACGACUGACCAUCCGUCUAUCGCGUAUCUGUUGGUUGGCAGCUUAAAAGGAAUAGCCAGACAGUUUUAUAAUGACAACGCGAACGUGUACAUUUUACCCGACCCCUACAAUACCAAGUUUUUUAGGUACCGUAUCACGCCAGAGCGUUAUAUCGAACACUUGCUAGUCGAUUCAGAGGUCGACAAUAAUCUCGACACGGUCACGUCUCCUUUCCGUCCACUUUCGACCGAAGCCACGGACCUUCGCAUGGGGGUUGCGAGCUUCUGCAAAGCGUUUCCAUGGCAUUUCGUCGUCGAUCGACAAUUGGAGCUCGUGCAGCUUGGAGUCGGAUUCAUGAGGAUCUUCGGACAUCAUCUGAACCGAUUGGGGCGAGAAAUAUCGACGUACUUCGCCUUUACACGACCGAGCGGGGUUACUUUGACCUUUCACGAGAUACUGAAGCGAGCGAACACACCUUUCGUGUUGACUCUACAACGGCCACAGGGCGUUGAUAAAUAUCCUGCGGAGGGGUUAGAGAUGAAAGGUCAGAUGGUCCAUUGUCCAGAAUCGGAUUCCAUCCUAUUCGUGAGUUCGCCAUUUCUGAACGGUCUGGAAGGAUUAACUGGCCGAGGACUUUUUAUAUCUGAUAUUCCAUUACACGACGCUACUAGGGACGUUAUUUUGGUUGGGGAACAAGCAAGAGCUCAGGAUGGCUUGAGAAGAAGAAUGGAUAAGCUGAAGAGUUCGAUAGAAGAAGCAAACCUGGCUGUGUCUGCAGAAAGAGAGAAGAACGUCAGUUUGCUUCAUCUUAUAUUUCCUCCGGAUAUAGCAAAACGCCUAUGGCUAGGAGAAACAAUCGAAGCUAAAACUUAUCCAGAGGUGACGAUGCUUUUCAGUGACAUUGUUGGUUUUACGGAAAUUUGUUCCACCGCGACACCGAUGAUGGUCAUCAACAUGCUUCAAAACCUUUAUGAACAAUUCGACUCGUUCUGUGGCCAGUUAGAUGUGUACAAGGUGGAAACAAUCGGAGAUGCCUAUUGCGUGGCAUGUGGCCUUCACCGUGAUACUUGCAUUCAUGCACAACAAAUAGCUUGGAUGGCUCUGAAAAUGAUACAAGCAUGUUCGAACCAUUUGACUCAUAAGGGUAAACCAAUAAGGAUGCGAAUUGGCAUUCAUACCGGAAUGGUGCUAGCAGGAGUAGUUGGAAAAAAAAUGCCGAGGUAUUGUCUUUUCGGCCACAACGUCACUUUAGCUAACAAAUUCGAAUCAUUAAGUGAACCACUUCGUGUCCACGUUAGCCCAACGACAUACGACUUAUUGAAAUAUCCCAUACCAGGAUUCGAGUUGGAACCGCGAAGAAAGGAAUUUUUACCGAAAGAAUUUCCGGCUAACAUCGAGGGAACAUCUUAUUUCCUGAACAACUACAAGCACAAAGACGUAGAUGUGAACCAUCCUUUGGAUCUCCAUAUUCAAAGCGCGAUCAGAGAAUACGGGAUUGGCGCCAGCUUGUAGAUAACCAAUAAAAUCGUGUCAACGAACGCGUGUCGUCCGUGAAUGUCGCUGUACCAAUGCUACUUUCUUCGUAAUAACACUUUCAAUGAAUUCACAACAAAAAAAAAAACACAAAUUGGCACCGUCUUAUGACGCUGAUUCUAACAGCCUGAUGGCCGAUUCGCGAGCCGAUAAUAUUUAUACGCAGAGUUUUAGGUUACAAUUAUUAUAUACUUAUGACCAUAUGAGCAAAUAAAUCUGU